AAAUUACAUUCUCCAUAUUUUUGGAUCUUUCUUUCAAAAUUAGAGGGUUGUUUAAACAACUUUGAUUGAAUUUUCUAUAUCUCAAAAAAAAAAAAAAAAGAGUUAGAAAAAUCACAUAAAUUAGCAGUUUUCUUUGUUCUUUGUUGGAGGGACAAAUCAGUUCAUUUCAAUCUUUUUUUCUUCAUAUAUAUAAAAAAACCCACCCGAAUUUCUUCCGAUGUCAGCUUGUCCUUUUCACGAUUUAACAAAUCCCAGAUUUCAUAAGAAAACCAGACAAAUUGAGGAAUUUUAGGAAGAAGGAAAACACACCCUACAUACCCAAUAAAAAAAAAAAAAGAAGUGUGAAAAAAAAUGGGAUCAGAAACCACUUCACCAACACCAUCUCCGAGUGGAAAGAGAAGCAGAGAUCCUGAAGAUGAAGUUUACAUCGACAAUCUUCAUUCACAUAAGCGUUAUCUUAGCGAGAUGAUGGCAUCAAGCUUGAAUUGUUUGACUGUGGGAGACCCAAUUCCUGAUAAUAUCUUGGAUUCUCCGGCGAGGUCUGAAAGCAUGUUCUAUUCGAGAGAUGAGUUGUCCUUACAGUAUUCCCCCAUGUCUGAAGACUUAGAUGAUGCGAGGUAUUGUGAAACUCCCAUGAGUGCCUGCUCAUCUCAAUCUGAAAGCCGUCCUACUAGUCCUGUCUCUCCUUACAGAUAUAAACCAGUUGGUGCAUUCUGUUCUAGUCCUCCUAGCACCUCACAGCCUCCAAGCGGAUGCAAUGCCUUAUCAGGCUCUUCUCAACCUCGUCAGAGAGGUACAGAUACUGAAGGUAGAUUCCCUUCUUCACCAAGUGAUAUAUGCCACUCAGGGGACUUGAGAAAAGCAGCACUUUUAAGAUCUGUACAGAUGAGAACCCAACCUUCAUGUGCAUCAGCAUAUGAUCUAGGCUUUACUGCAGCUCAAGAGGCAAUGGAGCAUGUUGAAGCUGAAACCCGAUCCUGCUCAUUUUUGAAACCUUUGGAUGAUGAACGGGAGUACCAUGCUGAAGAAUGUCCUGCCAUACCAUCUUCUGAACCCGAAUUCGACCAAGCAAAGGAGUCAAUGCGACUGAAUAUGUGUGAAGGAGACAGAUCUUUGGACUAGAUGCCGUGCGAAAUUGGUGUGUUGUCUUAGGGCUGCAUAUUUGAAGCUUGUGGGGGCACAUAUGUGGAAUUUUUGGGCGCAAAGUUGUCCAUGAUGCAUUCAACAAAACUGUUAGAACAACAAUAAUCUAAUAUCAAAACGUAGUAAUCUCUGAACCUGAAAUUACUCAUGUGUACGCUUAUUAGCUGACCUUAUCCUGAUGAUCAAUGCCGGCACAUUUUGGUGACCCCUAGAUUUGCUACAACCAGCCAACCACCUAGUAUUAAUUUCUUCGGUGGGAUCUGUAGAGGUCCAGGUGUAUGGAGCUUUACCCUUAGAUCUGUUGUAUAUUUGUAUUUAGAUGUCUGAUCACUGAUGGCAUACAUACUGGAUUCUAACCCAAAUGGAGCUGUAAGUUUACUCCUCAUUCAAAUUAUCAGAGUGGCAAGUUGAAUAUCUGAUGAUUUGACUUUCCAGAAUCCAGAUGACCUGUAAGUUCAAUCUCAUAUUUUGUUUCUUCUCCUUA